AUGUGGAUACAAUUACCUGCUCUUAAGCUGAAUUUAUGGAAUGAGAAGGGAAUUAGCAAAAUUGCAAGUUUAAUUGGUAGACCUAUAGCUACAGAUAAGCUAACUGCAAAUAGGCAAAGAUUGGCCUAUGCUAGGGUGUUAAUAGAAGUGAAAUUACCCAGUGCCCUUCCUGAUCAGAUUACAGUGAAUGGUCCAAAUGGUAAGCAAUACAACCAGAAGAUCAUCUAUGAGCUAAAACCAAGGUGGUGUGAUCAUUGCAAACAGGUUGGUCAUGAUAUUCAAAAUUGUAGAAGAAAGCCUGUAAUUCAGAAAUGGGUCCCUAAGCUAAAUACUGUGGCUGGUCUGGUUCUUAAAGAGAACAACCCUGGAAGUAUGAGGAGUCAGGACAAUAUUAACAUGCAAAGGGGGAUUGCUGAUAUUUCAGGACCUGAUACUGGAGGGUUUGUGCAUGUUGUGCAUGCCAAACCUAGACCAAACUCUAGAAUCAAUCCUUCACUUGCUGCUGCACCUUUGGCUCAUAUACAAAAAAGUAAUAAGGUGAUGAAUCCCUUGCAUGUAAAUCCUUUCUCAUCUUUGCUAAAUGAGGUAAAUGAUGCUGAUCCCUCUACAAUUGAUAGGGGGGAUAUAGCACUAUGA